AUGCCCCCAAAGAACACUGCUGGUCGUGGUCGCGGCGGUCCCGCAAUCAGAGGUGCUGGUGGUCCUGUACGCGGCGGAGCGGCGGCCCGCGGAGGUGCAAUUGCCACUCAAGCUCACCAUGUAAAAACAAUCGGAGUAAGGAGACCUGGCUAUGGAACUGGCGGAAGAGCCGUCAACACCAUCGUCAACGCCUUUGCUGUCGAGAUUCCUGACAAUAUCAUCCACCACUAUGAUGCUAUCAACCCCGAAAAGCUGCCUGCGCGUCUCAACAUGGAGCUCUUUGAGGGCCUCCAGACCUACACUGCUCCUCAGGUGUUCGCCAACCCCGCCGUAUACGACGGCCGCAAGAACGCGUACACCAUGGAUGCCCUGCCUCUAGGCCCAACUGACUCUGCAUCGUUCGACGUAACUUUGCCUCGUGCGGGGCCUCCAUCCGCCAACGACAAACCCCCAAAGGUGUACAAGAUCAAGGUGACCAAGGUCGCUGCGAUCAAUACCGAAGUCCUCCACCAGUUCAUCGCAGGCCGCCACGCAUACGACAGCGCCGUAUCUACCUCCCUCACCGCGCUCAACGUCGCCAUCCGCCAACAGCCCAACCUCAAAUACCCAUUCAACUCGCGCUCCUUCUUCACCCCCGAGGGGCUGCGCGCCAUCGGCAAAGGCAUCGAGCUCUGGCGGGGCUACUUCCAGUCCCUCCGGCCCUCCCAGAACAAGAUGUACAUCAACCUCGACAUCUCGACCGGGAUGAUGUUCCGCUCCGGCGCACUGCUCGAUCUGUGUCUCGAGUACAUGGAGAUGCGCGAUCCGUCGCGUCUGACGUUCGCGCAGUUGGGGGAUAGGGGCAAGGUCACGCUGCAGCGCUUCGUCGCGGGCAUCCGUGUGCUCACUAAGGGCCAGGGCGGCCGCGCCCACCCGCGCGUCAUCACGCGCUUGACGCACCAGGGCGCGAAUAAGAUCACAUUCCAGACGCGCGAGGGCACGACGACGACUGUCGCGGAGUAUUUUAGGAAGAUGUUUGGGCGGCCUCUUCAGUUCCCUGAUAUCAUCUGCGCAGAGAUUGGCACAGGCGGCGCCGUCGUCCCGCUCGAGCUAUGCGAAGUCCCACCGGGCCAAAUCAUGCGCAAACAAAUCCCAGACAGCAAAACCUCCGACAUCGUCGACUUCUCCAAACUCACACCCGGCGAACGGCUCGCCACCAUCCGCAAAGGCCUCAACGUCCUGCAAUACGGACAGUCCGAGUACGUCCGCCAAUUCGGGCUGACCGUCUCGCCGACGCCCAUGACCGUCAAAGCGCGCGUGCUCGCGACGCCCGUGCUCAAAUACGGCGACGCAAGCCGCGAGCGCACUGUGCGCCCCGCGCACGGCGCGUGGAACAUGCGCGACAAGCAGUUCUUCCGCCCCGCGCUCGUCGGCCCGCGCUGGGUCGUCUGCUCGUUCGACCCGCGGUUCCAGCUCCCGGAUAUGCGCGCGCUCGUCGGGGACUUUAUCGCUGCUGCAAGGGUGGUGGGCAUGCGCGUCGAGGAGACGCAGCCGAUGCUCUUCACGCUGAAUCCGCAGGGGGACGUGAUCGGGCAGCUCACGGCCUCGGGCUUGUCGUGCCGCACGACCAAAGGCAGCGUGCCGAGUUUCUUCGUCGUCAUUCUCCCUGAGGGCGGGAACGAGAUAUACACCAAAGUGAAGCAUUUCGGAGACGUGCAGAGGGGGGUUGCGACGCAGUGUUUGAAAAGUUCGAAAUGCCGCGGUGCGAAGCCGCAGUAUUGGGCGAAUGUGAUGCUGAAGGUGAAUGUGAAGCUGGGGGGCAUUAAUAAUGUGCUUGCGGACAAUCAGCUGUUGCAGGACCCGCAUAAUCCUGUUAUUGUUAUGGGCGCGGAUGUGAUUCACCCUGCUCCGGGCGCGGAGGGCCGCCCGUCGUUUACUAGUCUGGUUAGUAGCAUCGACUCGACGACGGCCAAGUACGUCGCGAUCAGCAAAGUCCAGAAGGGCAAGACGGAAAUCAUCCAGGAUCUCGAGGAGAUGGUCAGAUUCGCGUUUACGAAAUACAACACGUACCGCGAACGCGUCGAACCCGGACGGCGGCCCUGCGCACGCAUAAUCUUCUACCGCGACGGCGUAUCCGAGGGCCAAUUCCAACACGUCCUGGACGAAGAACUGCCCAAGAUCCGCGACGCAUGCAAAGCGAUGAACGUCAACGCGAAGAUCACGCUCAUCAUCGUCGGCAAGCGGCACCAUAUCCGCAUGUUCCCGCAGCUCGCGCAGGAUGGGGACCGCACGGGCAAUUGUGCGGCUGGAACGACGAUUGAUGAGGGAUUGGGACAUCCGACGGAGUUUGAUUAUUAUCAGCUCACUCAUGGCGGUUUGUUGGGUACCAGUCGGCCUGCGCAUUAUUCGGUCAUUUACGACGAGAGCAAUUUCAAUGCCGACGCAAUGCAAAAUCUCUCUUUCGCGCUCUGCCACGUCUACGCACGAGCAACGCGCUCCGUGUCCAUCCCCGCACCAGUCUACUACGCCGACAUCGUCUGCUCGCGCGCCAAGAACCACUACGAGCCCGGCACGGGUCCAUCAGACUUUUCAGAUAGCGCGACGCAGCUCAGCGGGCAGCGCGAUCUCAAGCUUGAGAGCUUCAAGGCGGAUUUUAAGCCUGCGCAUGCUUCGACGCAGAAUAUGAUGUACUUUAUGAGUUACCAUAUCAUCGACUAUCCCGACUCGCAUUCGGCUCGAAUGAUCAAUCACAGUCAAAAUAUAACUUUCUUGGAAAGAAUGCCCCAGAAACGAAACGAAAAGAAAAGAAAAGAAAAGAAAAGAAAAGAAAAGAAAGCUUGUAUUGUUAACAUCGUGAAUCGUGAUCGUGGUCUUGUUCCUGCUGCUGUUGAUGUUGAUGUCGUUGUUGUUGUUACAUAUGUGUGGUUAUUGAUCUACGAGACGUCUGAGCUCGAUAUCGAUAGUAUUCAGGCUGAGGCUGCAUACUAUACAUGA